AUGUAUCAGUCCAUAAACCUAUCAGUUUCUUCUAAUUUCACUCACCGAUCACUCUCCGAAUCACGAUUCCCUAUAUUCUCCACCGGAUUCCGCAAAUCCGUCCACCUCAAGCCUCCUCGCGUCUCAUCCGGCCCAGAAUCCGGCGAAUCAGCUCCGAAAUCCUUGACCGAUAAGCUUAUAUUGUUCCUGAGAGUCGUGCCGGACUGGGCGGACGAGAUCAAGGAGCGUGGGAUGCAGCAGAAACGGACUCUCUACACCCACGAGAAAUGGGUCGAACACAGGAGCUCUCUCCGCCAUGUCCGCCACUUGGUCUCGAGCUUUUCUUCUCGCGUCAUACUCUCUCUGAUUCCCCCUGUUUUCUUCUUCACAUCCGUCGCGGUCGUAAUCGCCAGCUACAAUUCCGCCGUGGCUCUGGACUGGCUUCCCGGUAUCUUCCCGAUUCUCCGAUCCUCCUCGCUUCCGUAUCAGCUCACAGCUCCUGCUCUAGCUCUUCUUCUGGUGUUUCGCACGGAGGCUUCGUAUUCUAGGUACGAGGAAGGAAGGAAAGCCUGGGUUGCGAUCAUUUCUGGAACGGAUGAUUUAGCGAGGCAGGUGAUUUGCUCCGUUGAUAGCUCAGGUGACGAUUUGAUCAUCAAGGAUUUGCUUCUUCGCUACAUUGCAGCUUUCCCUGUGGCGCUUAAGUGCCAUGUGAUUUAUGGUUCUGAUGUCGCAAGAGAUCUCCGGAAUUUGAUAGAAGCAGAUGACUUAUCUUUGAUUCUUCAAGCAAAGCACCGUCCUCGAUGUGUAAUCGAGUUCAUUUCUCAGAGCCUUCAGCUGCUGAAGAUAGACGAUACUAAGAGAGAUUUGUUGGAAUCAAAGAUGCUACAUUUACAUGAAGGCAUUGGAGUGUGUGAACAGUUGAUGGGCAUUCCGAUUCCUCUCUCUUACACACGCUUAACCUCGAGGUUUUUAGUCUUUUGGCAUCUAACUCUCCCGAUCAUUCUCUGGGAUGAAUGCCAUUGGAUUGUUGUUCCUGCUACUUUCAUUAGUGCCGCGUCACUAUUCUGCAUUGAAGAAGUGGGUGUUCUUAUAGAAGAGCCAUUUCCUAUGUUAGCCUUAGACGAGCUAUGCGAUCUCGUGCAUAGUAACAUCCAAGAAGCUGUUAAAUCAGAGAAAGUCAUACGUGACCGCAUCAUUGCAAAGAUAAAGGUCCAUGAAUUCAAACACUCAUCAAAUGGACGACAUAGUUCUUGA